UGAGCACCAGUGUGUGCCAGGCCUGGAGCGAAGCCUCCCCUUUACCUCAUAAUCAUCGGUGACCUUGUGGGAACAGCACCAGGCUUCUCAGCAGGUUGCAGAUGAAGACACACACAGGCCUCCUAGCAGCCCCACCAUGCCGUGGCCCCUGCUGCUGCUGCUGCUGCUGGCCACGAGCAGGGCCCAGACCACCCGGCCCUGCUUCCCCGGAUGCCAGUGCGAGGUGGAGACCUUCGGCCUCUUUGACAGCUUCAGCCUGACACGGGUGGACUGCAGCGGCCUGGGCCCCCACAUCGUGCCUGUGCCCAUCCCCCUGGACACAGCCCACCUGGACCUGUCCUCAAAUCGGCUGGAGACAGUGAACGAGUCCGUGUUGGCAGGGCCGGGCUACACCACGCUGUCCGGCCUGGAUCUCAGCCACAACCUGCUCACCAGCCUCUCGCCCACGGCCUUCUCCCGCCUCCGCUACCUGGAGUCGCUCGACCUCAGCCACAACGGCCUGGCCGCCCUGCCUGCUGAGAGCUUCACCAGCUCGCCCCUGAGCGACGUGAACCUGAGCCACAACCGGCUCCGCGAGGUCUCCGUGUCCGCCUUCGCCACCCACAGCCAGGGCAGGGCGCUGCACGUGGACCUCUCCCACAACCUCCUCCACCGCCUGCUGCCCCAUUCCUCAAGGACUGGCCGGCCGGCGCCCACCAUUCAGAGCCUCAACCUGGCCUGGAACCGGCUCCGCACCGUGCCCGACCUCCGGGGCCUGCCCCUGCGCUACCUGAGCCUGGACGGGAACCCGCUGGCAGCCAUCGGCCCCGGCGCCUUUGAGGGGCUGGCGGGCCUCACUCACCUGUCGCUGGGCAGCCUGCAGGGUCUCCCCCAGCUGGCGCCCCACGGCUUCCACGAGCUGCAGGGCCUGCAGGUCCUGGACUUGUCCAGCAACCCCAGGCUCCAGUGGGCGGGACCUGAGGUGUUCUCGGGCCUGGGCUCCCUGCAGGAGCUGGACCUGUCGGGCACGGGCCUGGUGCCCCUGCCCGAGAAGCUGCUCGUCCACCUCCCCGCACUGCAGAGCAUCAGCGUGGGCCAGGGCGUGCAGUGCCGGCGCCUGGUGCGGGAGGGCACCUACCCACGGCAGCCAGGCUUCACCCCCAAGGUGGCCCUGCACUGCAUAGACACCCAGGAGUUAGCCGCCAGGGGCUCCAAUACCUUGUGACGAACGGUGCGGCCUGGGGCCGUGUAACAGACUGUGCCCUGGGUUUCCUCAGGUCCUGGGUAAUUUAUAUUUUAAUGUGCCAGUGCCCACAGGGACUCUUCAUUCCUGUGUGGCAGCAUCAUUGAAAGAGAGACUUUGAACCUGGGACCCACACCCAGGAGCAAAGUCUUGCGCCUUUGUCUAUGUUGCUCCCCAGACCAUAAGCCAAGGGUCUUCGAUGCCAAACCAGACAGCAGUCCCCUGCUGUCCUUCCCCACUUGUCCCCAAAGUGCCUUCCCUGAGGCCUGGACCAACCUGACCCUGUGACAGGAGGGAGGCGGGAGGGAGGUCCAGCCACUCGGACAUGGGUUUCUUCUGUGACAUAAAUCUCUCUUUGUUCUGGCCACGUGAGGCCUACCUCAUUCUUUUUUCUUCCCCUAGAACUCUGGAUAGGACUUCAGUUGUAGAAAGGAUGGGAGAAAAGCAUCAAGCCCACUUCCUCAUGUGACAGAUGGGGAAACUGAGGCCUAGAGAAGGAAAAACGGUGUUCAGAGGUCUUACAGUGGCAGAAGCAUGAGUGAACUCAGUGUCCCACAUGCCUGCCCAAAGGGCCUGGUUGCACUUUUCUCUCUUCUCUAAAUCAUGCCCUCCCUCUCCCCUUCCUGGGCUCCCCCUUGCUUCCAAGACUCACAUCCUCCCAUUUGUACCCUUUCCCUGUCAUCCCCAGGAGGACAGGCCAGGGCCUUGAGGCUGGCACUCUGGGCCUGGUAACUGGCUGCGGCUCAGGCUAAGUCAGUUCACCCCAGAGGCCCUGGAAGCCUCAGGGGUGCCAGUCCCAGCCCUGCCAGUUUCCCACUCAGGAGGCGUCCCCCAGCGUCCAGAAUGGAAAUGCGCUCCUUGACCCCUGAGGUCCUGCCUCUAGCUGGUUCCCCAGGAGUUGAUGCUAUCCUGGAGCCCCACCAGCUCCGAGGGGCCUCCUGCAGUCAGCCCCUACUGGCCUUGUGCCCGACAGCCCAGCUCAUCCUACUGCGAAUGCAGCCAAGGAGGCAGGGUAUCCCCCACCCAUGUUUAUGCUUCCCCACCAGGGUGGCAUCUCAGCUUCCCAGCCCUGGGCUCUUUCCUUAGUAUCAGUUUUAUAAAAGUUGUUGCCUUUUUAAUGGACUGUCACUUACCACCACCACCCCCCCCCCCCCCAAUCCAGGUCCCUGCUGGCAGGGGAUUGGAAAUAUGUCAUUUGUAGAAGAAAGAAGACAUUGCAUAUGUUCACUUUUGUAACAUUGCGUCCUGGGGAUGAGCUGGGAGAGGAGGCGUUGGGUAGAAGCCAGCCAUACAUCGCCCUGCGGGCAUCCAUGGGGCCGGUCCCUUAGAGAAGCCCACAGGACAAUGAGAGCUCUGUCCUCCCCCAGCAGCCCCACCCAACACCUUGGUUUAAUAAACACUACAAAGAGUC